AUGAAAGCCAUCCAGAUCAACCAGUAUGUCAAGACGUAUUCGGAGCUGCGGCCCCUCGACGUCCCCGCUCCGACACCCAGACCCUCCAAGCCGGGUGACCAAGACGCGAUGGUAGUCGUCACCAUCACACACAGCGCCCUGAACCACGUCGACCUGCUGUACAGCCGCGGGUUGCACCAGAACAACCACAUCGGGCUGGUCAAGCCGCCGUUCGUGCUGGGGCUGGAGUUUGCGGGGAUCGUGGCGUCGGCGCCCGCCACGGGCUGCGCAUUCAAGCCCGGCGACCACGUCUGGGGCGCCGGCGUCGGCGGCUUCGCCGAGCAGAUCGCCGUGCCCGCGUCGGCUUUGCAGCGGUUGCCCCCGGGCUGGACGCUGCGGGACGCGGCCGGCGUCGGGGCUGCCACGGCCCCCGUCAGCUACGGCGCGUUGGUGCGCGUCGCCCAGGUCCAGCCCGGGCAGAUCGUGCUGGUGCACGCCGCGGCGGGGGGGCUGGGCGUGGUGGCGGUGCAGAUCGCGCACGCGCUCGGCGCCCAGGUCAUCGGCACGGUGGGCAGCGAGGCAAAAGCCCACGUCGUGAGGAAGCUGGGGGUGUUGGGGGUGGUGCGCUACGACCGCGAGGGGUGGGAGAAGGAGGUGGUCGCGCUGACGGGGGGCGUCGGGGUCGAUUCCGUCUACGACACCGUCGGGCUGGUGGAGAAGAGCAUCCGGUGCCUGAAAUUCGGCGGGAAUAUCGUCAUCGCCGGGUUCGCCGGGCUGGGCGGCAAGAUGGAGACGCUGGCCAUGAACCGGGUGCUGCUCAAGGGCGUCAAGUUGUUGGGAUACAGAUUCGGCGAAACCGGACGACGCAACCCGCAAGAAACCCAAGAGAUCUGGAGAGGGCUCAACGAGAUGCUCGCGCGCGGCCAGAUCAAGCCCGUCAUCUACGGCACGUACGCGGGGCUGGAGAGCGUGCCGGGCGCGCUGGACGACCUGGCCGCCCGCAAGGUCUGGGGCAAGGCCAUCGUGGAGAUCCAGUCACCAGCGAAGCUAUGA